GGGGAGCUACCCUGUGACGACUACGGCUACGCGCCGCCUGAGACCGAGAUCGCACCGCUGGUGCUGCGCGGGCACCUCAUGGACAUCGAGUGCCUGGCCAGCGACGGCAUGCUGCUGGUGAGCUGCUGCCUGGCGGGCCACGUCUGUGUGUGGGACGCGCAGACCGGGGACUGCCUGACGCGCAUCCCGCGCCUGGGGCAGCGCCGCGACAGUGGCGUUGGCAGCGCGUUCGAGGCUCAAGAGAGCUGGGAACGGCUGUCCGACAGCGGGAAGGGGGGCCCGGAGGAGCCCGGGGACAGCCCUCCUCUGCGGCACCGGCCCCGGGGCCCUCCGCCGCCUGCCCUCUUCGGGGACCAGCCAGACCUCACCUGCCUGAUCGACACCAACUUCUCGGCCCAGCCGAGGCUCUCGGAACCCACGCAGCCCGAGCCCCGGCACCGGGCGGGCUGCAGCCGUGCUCGCGACGGCCCGGGCUACGACUUCAGCCGCCUGGUGCAGCGCGUGUACCAGGACGAUGGCCUGGCGCCCGGCCGCCCGCCAGCCCUGCGCCCGUCCUCCCCGGGGCCCGGGCCCCCCGCCCUGACCCCCGAGGACGAGGGGGGCUGCCCUCCCGAGAAGGGCUCCCCUUGCCUGGCCUGGGCCCCCAGCGCAGACGGCUCCAUCUGGAGCCUGGAGCUGCAGGGCAGCCUGAUUGUGGUGGGGCGGAGCAGCGGCCGCCUGGAGGUGUGGGACGCCAUCGAGGGUACACUGCGCUGCAGCAGCGAGGAGGUGACCUCGGGCAUCACGGCCCUUGUGUUCCUGGACAAAAGGAUUGUGGCUGCCCGGCUCAACGGUUCCCUAGAUUUCUUCUCCUUGGAGACCCGCACUGCCCUCAGCCCCCUGCAAUUCCGAGGGACUCCAGGGCGGAGCAGUUCCCCCACGUCCCCUGUGUACAGCAGCAGUGACACAGUAGCCUGUCGCCUGACCCACACCGUGCCCUGUGCACACCAGAAACCCAUCACAGCCCUGAAGGCUGCGGCUGGGCGACUCGUGACCGGAAGCCAGGACCACACGCUGAGAGUGUUCCGUCUGGAGGACUCGUGUUGCCUCUUCACCCUGCAGGGCCACUCGGGGGCCAUCACAGCCGUGUACAUUGACCAGACCAUGGUGCUGGCCAGUGGAGGACAAGAUGGGGCCAUCUGCCUGUGGGAUGUGCUGACCGGCAGCAGGGUCAGCCACAUGUUCGCUCACCGUGGGGACGUCACCUCCCUCACCUGUACCACCUCCUGCGUCAUCAGUAGUGGCCUGGAUGACCUCAUCAGCAUCUGGGACCGGAGCACCGGCAUCAAGCUCUACUCCAUUCAGCAGGACCUGGGCUGUGGUGCAAGCUUGGGGGUCAUCUCUGACAACCUGCUGGUGACUGGCGGCCAGGGCUGUGUCUCCUUUUGGGACCUCAACUACGGGGACCUAUUACAGACCGUCUAUUUGGGGAAGAACAGUGAGGCCCAGCCCACCCGCCAGAUCCUGGUGCUGGACAAUGCCGCCAUCGUCUGCAACUUUGGCAGCGAGCUCAGCCUGGUGUACGUGCCCUCCGUGCUGGAGAAGCUGGACUGAGCAGGGGGCGGGAGCUGCGGUGCAGAGCUGAGUCUUCCGGAAGCUGUCUCUGAUCUGUCCUGUCCUGCCUUGUGACUGUAAUAUUAAACUUUUUUUUUUUUUUUAAUCCUA